AUUGUACGGUAUCAGUUUCGAGUUCACUCUCCAAGUGUCAAGUUAUAAGAGGAGGCAAGUUAAGGAUAAACUUCUAUUUUAAAGUUUUUGCAACAAAAAAAAAGAAGAGAAAUACAGAUCCAGCAGUAGGAAAAGUUCGUGAACCAGUCUAAUUUAAUAGUGCCAACAUUACACACAGUAUUUAUUAAACGUGUGCAGCUCCUUAUUUAAAUAAAAAACAAUCAAUUUUAUCAAUACGUACGUGCGUGUGUAAUUUGUAGAUAAAUACGCAAAGUUUUAUCAGGAUUUUCACUAAAAACAAGGAAACCGUUCCUCCUCAAGAUGCCAAUGUCAGUCCAAGAGCAAAGCAGUACUUUUAGCAGCACGACGAAAAAGUCGGUCCAAGUCAUGCAAAGCAGUGGAUCUUUCGACCAACAGCAGAGCGUAACAUCUCCGACGCCAUCGGAUUUGUCCUCCUGCACGAGUGCCAGCUCCCUUGCGAGCGAUUCCACCCUCCGAGAUAUGCAAAUGGGACUCGUUUUCAAACCCCAAAUCCUCAACUUGGACUCGAUGAUGGGUUCGUUGGGGACAGAUUUUGAGGACGUGACGAGGGACGUGUGUCAAACCAAUGAUGGACAAACUUUCGAGAUGAAACUAGACGUUCAAGGGUACAAUCCUGAAAAUGUCGUUGUAAAAGUAGUCGACAACAUGGUCAGCGUGUCUGCCAAGCAAGAGCAAAAGAGUGAAAGUAACUUUAGCUCGAAACAAUUCAGUAAAAAGUUUAGUAUUCCGGCCGGAGUGAAAGCUGAAAAUUUGAUUUGCAACCUCACCACUUCCGGACAAUUGAAGAUUUCUGCACCCAUUGAAAAAAGUCACCAGCAAUCAGUUGCAUCAGCAAUUAGUGAAUCCGUAGUGAAAGCGGCGCAACACAAGCAAGUCUCAAAAACCCAGACGCAAGAAGAGUCGACCACUUCGUCGAGGAAGAGUUCUCUGAAUUCUGAUGUGAGCAGCAGUAUUCGAGAUAUGGACGAAUUUAUCCUGCGACCAAGGCGGAUCGACCUCAAUUCAUUGAUGUCAAAUACCGAGGUGCAGAACUUGUCUAGGGAAGUGAGCAAUAUCAAUGAUGGGAAGAAAUUUGAGAUGAAGAUCCAAAUCAACAAUUUUAAGGCGGAAGAGGUCCAAGUAAAAAUCACGAAGACGUUAAUCAAAAUUGAGGGAAAGCAUGAAAGUGAAUUUGCGAGUCGGUCAUUCAACAAGGAAUUCACUAUUCCUCAUGGCGUCAAGAGUGACACGAUCCAGUGUACGAUGAACGACGAGGGCGUCCUUACUCUUUCUGCGCCCAUUCAACAAUCGGCGAAUACAUCCGUUUGCCAACAAACGCAACAACAAAGGACCAAACAACAGGUCACGUCUUCCGUUUCUUCAAACGUCCAACAACAACAGCAACAACAAGUGCAACAACAAGUGCAACAACAACAACAAGUGAAACAGCAACAACACCAAACAAGUCAUAAAAUGUUGCAGGAAACCGGACGCAUGGACAGUUCCGAGUCUAUUACAAGCACAACGAGCAGUAUUCGAGAAUCGACGUCAAAACGUCUCGAGGAUAUGAUUCUCAGACCAAUUAUGAAUUUCGACUUGGAUGCACUCAUGGGAAAUAGGGAAUCUGUGUUUGAGGACGUUUCAAAACAAAUUUGUCAUGUGAAUGAGGGGAAAAAGUUUGAGGUGAAAAUCGAGGUCGUAGAUUACAAACCCGAGGAGCUCAAAAUAAAAAUUGCCAACAAUAUGGUGGUCAUCGAAGCCAAACAAGAAACUGCAACUUCGAGUCGAUCCUUCCAGAAGAAGUUUUCUCUUCCUCAAGGAGUCAAACCGGAAUCUAUCACCAGCAGCCUUAGCCCUUCUGGAAUAUUGACGAUUUCCGCCCCCAUCGAGGUCACCACGUCCAACGUAAACAGAACUGAACAACAAGUCACUUCGCAACAUCAAACUCAAACCCAAUCCGUGCAACAACAGCAGCAACAUAUUAAUCAGCAACAACAUUCUGAUAGCAAUACUUCAAUCAGUAGCACUCUUUCCAAUCGCGACUUUAUCCUCCGUCCCAUUAUGAAUAUUGACUUUAAUUCUCUCAUGGGAAACCGAGAAUCUCUCUUUGAAGACGUUUCUAAGCAGGUCAGCCAUGUCAAUGAGGGUAAGAAAUUUGAGGUCAAACUCGAAGUCCCUGCGGAGUAUCAACCAGAAGAGCUUCAAGUAAAAAUUGCCAACAACAUGGUAGUGAUUGAAGCCAAGCAAGAAACAGCGACGUCGAGCAGAUCCUUCUGCAAAAAAUUUUCUCUUCCUCAAGGCGUCAAACCAGAAUCUAUCACGAGCAGUCUUUCUCCUUCUAGAAUAUUGACGAUUUCCGCCCCCAUCGAGGUCACGUCCACGUCUUCGAAUGUCUGCAAUACCAGCGCUGUAAAUAGAACUGAACAACAAACCACCCAGUCGACCACUCAAUCCGUUAAGAAAGAACAGCACCAGCAACAGCAACAUCAACAAAUUAACCAGCAGCAACACUCUGACAGCAAUGCGUCGAUAAACAGUAAUAUCAGCAGCAUUUCGAGCAAAAUCGACCAGGACUUUAUCCUCCGUCCCACCAUGGACUUUGACGCACUGAUUGCAAAGGACACUAAAUUUGAGGACAUCUCUAAACAGAUCUGCCAAGUCAGCGACAGCAAAAAAUUCGAGACAAAACUCGAAGUGAGUGGAUUCCAGCCGGAAGAACUUAAGAUUUCCAUAUCUGACAAUAUGGUCACGAUUUCAGGAAAGCAGGAAAUGCGACAAGAAAAUAAUUUCUCGAGUAAAUCGUUCUUUAAGAAAUUUUCCAUGCCGGCGGGUGUUCUUCCCGAGAAUAUUACGAGUAGCCUCAGCCCACAAGGCGUCCUCACCAUUUCCGCCCCCAUUACGGAAACAAACCAGCAGCAGCAAAUGGUGGUUGGAGGAAAUACGAAGCAAACCACGGUCACAUCAUCGUCCACCUCGGUUACCCGGUCCGAACAGAGCAACAUUUCCGGAAAUCAACAGUCAAGACCUCAAAUCAUUCUUAAACCUAAGUUGAACAUGAACCAGAUGAUUUCUUCUGUUCACUCGAGCUUCGAAGACAUCAGCAAGGACUUGUACCACGUGUGUGACGGACAAACAUUUGAGAUGAAACUGCAAGUAGAAUCUUAUAAGCCUGAUGAGAUUGAGGUCAAAAUCUCCGAAAAUAUUGUAAUCAUUGAAGGAAAGCAGGAAAUGAGGGAGGAAAAUAACUUUAAGAGUCGCCAAUUCUGCAAGAAAUUCACCAUUCCAUCAGGUGUAAAACCGGAAACCAUCACGUGUAGCUUGAACGGUGACACGCUCUUGGUCUCUGCCCCCAUUGACGCGUCUCUGGCUCACAGUCAGCAGCAAAUCGAAUCUCAGAAUCAGCAACACCAACAACAAGUCUCACAAACGAGUCAGCAGUCAACAAAGAAAGUUACGCAAACUUUCUCCUCCACGACUUCUUCAACUUCUAGUUCGGAACAAGUUAAAUCGUCCUCCGACACGAUGCAGCAACAGCUAAAGUGAAUCUUUUAAGCGGACAUUUUUAUAAAUAUGUAAAUAUAAAUGGCAUCAGUAAUUACCUAAUUUAAGCGAUGAAAAUUCUUCUAAAAUAUUAUGACGGCUAGAUUUUGUGCUAAAUAUGCAUACGAAAUACUCAUGAGAUGAGCUUUAUGUUGUGUCUUGUUUUCGCUUGGUUGGUAUUUAUACGCUUUGACGACUUUUAAUUUGAUAUAGAAUUUCCUGAAAUUGAUACGCAACACACUUGUUGAAAAUAAUAAACUCGUGUUUUUAAUUGGCAACUGAA